UUGUUGUUGCUGCAACUUCGUGUUCAUUCAAAAUAAUCUCCCGUUGUGUUGUUGAGCUGGGCUUCGCGAGCUUGUUGCGCAGAGUUUCAUCGCAAGCGAAGCGAAGCAGAUCACGCGUUUUCGGUGCUCUGUCGAGUCGAGUCGAGUGCAAGCUAUGUGGUUUAAAAAAAAUUAAAUGGAUGCCAGCCAAGGCGUCUUUUUGUUUGAAUUCGUAUUGUCGCUGCGCGUUUGUGUCGGAAUUCAGUGCGGAAAGCAAGCUAUCGGGUGUGAAGUGAAAAGUAACUGAACCGCGACACUGGAUUAAAUUGGAAUAAAGUUGAAUUUUGUGGUGAUUGAUAGGAUAAUCGGCUUUUUCGUGCGUGUUUUGGGAAUUUCGCGAAGAAGUUUGUGGGGUAUCGAGCAAAGAAGAAUCAAGAGUUAGUGGAUAAGCCAGUGCACAAGAUGGAUACGCCGAAACGAAUCAAAACCAUUUCUUCGCCUUACUUUGGCAGCCCUCCGCCUGCCAGUAAUCAAACGGUUCUGGGUUCGCACUUCCCACACGGAACACCGGGUGAUAAUAAACAUCUGCAGCAGCAGCAACAGCAUCAGCAUCAGUGGCCUAACGGCGGCGGAUAUUGGCCGAUGUCGGGCCACGAUACGCUAACCAGUCCACCGUCGACGUGCAGCUCGCCGGAUGUGGUCGUGGCCAAGUCCCUAGCGGGAACGCCGACCACCUCCCAUGGGAGCAACAACAGCAGCUGGAAGCACCAUUCCGGCAGUGGCAGCAGCUCGGCGGAAAAGUCGGAAAACAAACGGGGCCGACCGAGAUCCGAAGCGCUGACCACCCUAAUGGUGGAGGGCUCGAUCUCUCCGUCGGCCAUCAAGUGCCGCUACUGCAAUCGGGUUUUCCCGAGGGAGAAAUCCCUUCAAGCGCACCUGCGAACGCACACAGGCGAACGACCCUACCAGUGCGAUUACCCGGGCUGCACCCGAGCCUUCACCCAGAGUGGCCAGCUGAAAACCCACCAACGGUUGCACACCGGGGAACGCCCCUUCAUCUGCGCUGCGGCCAACUGCCAGAUGCGAUUCACUCAUGCCAAUCGACACUGCCCAGAUCAUCCGUACGACACCCUAAAACGGUGCGAUGACUUUGUAAUCCAAACCGUCCCGGAGCAGAACGCCGAAGUGCUCAAGUGGCUGGAAAAGUAUCGGCUGGAACGGGAAGAUCGUACUCCAACGCGGAAGACACCGAAGCGGCCGAAUCACAAUACCCACAAUGAGAACGAGAAUCAGUCAGAUUCAGCGACGAAUAACGAGAAUUACGUGGCCAACGGGAAUGGGUUCCAGUCGCCGAUAACGCCGCGGUCGCCAUUUAAGAGCCGCAAAGGACUGAUGUGCGAGUUGGACAUGAAUGCCGGCAUGGGACUGACGGCUAGCCCUCUAACAGCUAAAACCAAACCAAACAUUCCCAAGUUGAUCCAGUGGCAGGAACCGACCAGCCAGGAGGAGGAUGAAUCUGGUGAUGAGGCUGGUGGAAUUCCGGCGCGUUCGACGUUCAAUCCAAAGAAAAAGUGGCUUCGAGAUGCAUGGCAAGAGGAUUUGGCCAAACCCCUAGAACCAAGCAUUAUAUCACAGCAGGUGUUGUCCAGUACUACCUCGACGGCCGCUCUGAAACAGCAACUGAACCAGGAAAGCAGCAACCCCAUUUUACAAACGACGAACGCUCCGGCAAUAACCGUCAAUCCCAACCAGAUGCGUCCAACGGUGCUGAUGGUAGCCAGCAAGGACUGCGCUCGUCCUCUCAACGAUCAAUCGCCAAUCAUCCCUCAAGUCCAGCCGCAACAGCACCGGCCGGAGGAAACCAAUCGCAAACUGCAGGGCGCCCUAGCUCUGAUGCAACUAGCCACCGAAGAUUCCGGCACAUUCCUCGGUCCGUACACCGGGGAAGCUCUACCCACCACAAACACCACCAGUGAACCCUCGUCCACCAUCACGUCUCCGGAAUCGUCGUCGUCGUCAUCCUGUUCGCCUCCAGUGACUUCGGCAGGAUACCCUCUUCUCCGGAUACCGAUGAUUUCGCAUCUGCCGGGAGAUAUCGACCAUAGCAUCCCGUUCACCCUCGCCGCCGAGGCUUACGGAAAUUACCAGUAAUCGGAAGGGGUCUACGAAGUGAAAACUUUGGCACGAUAUGGUACGGCUGGUGGUAUCACAUUUCUCAGAAUUGGUACAUUCCGGAAAGUGUUAAUCCAGAAUACAGCAUUCCGAGAAAGGUCAUUUCGGGAGAUGUGAUACCACUUGGAAAACAUUUGCCGUCUCCUAUUGUACAGUUUCCCGUUGCAGGCUUCGGCACAAAAAGUUCGAUCUCUUCAAUCUCUUUUUUUUUUUCUAACCACGUUUUAGCUUUCGAACCGUUACUAAAAAUUACUAUUGUAAGAUAAUCCAAAGAAAAUUUAUAUGAGGGAAGCGGGGAGAAGUAGGUAUGUACCUAUACUGAACGUGCUCCGUGAACUUUGCCCUGUGAUGAGUCUGUGUAUCUUUAUUUCUAAGUUCUUCUCGCCUAAUCGUUUCGCUUUGAUAGAUUUUUAAUUAUUAUUAUUUUUUUUUGGUCGGAUAGAAUUGUCGCUCACCCACGCUGUAUAAUUUUAACAUAACGAUGCGCCUAAAGAGAUGGUUAGGCUACCACUCCGUGUGGGUAGCAAACCUUUUACCAUAAUUACCGAUAAUGCUUAUUUAUAUAUACAUAUUUCGCUAUGUAUAUCACGUAAAGUAAAAAGUUUCAGAUGAGAGAAAAGAACUAUUUAUUGUUUUUUAUGAGAUUUUUGACAAAGAAACCGAAAGCUAUGAAAUUGACGAGCGAUCCAAACGGAUUGAUUAUUACCGAUCGAAUCAGGAGGGCAGUGUUUUGUAUGUAGAUGGAAAGCUGAUUGUUGCGAUUUAAGUCUUCUAAUUGUAGAAUAACAUGUCCCAUUACAAGUGUACGACGUACCUAUAUAUAUUUUAUUAUAAAAGCUCAGUGAGAAUAUGUUCCAAGAAAAAUAUGUAAAAUAA